UGGUCAGUCAAGAAGUAUGAUCGAGAGUGAAAGCUCAAAUCUCCACACAACGUUUCGAGCAACGGGACCCGACACACAACAUGGGAGCCAAUCAGAGCGAAAUCGCGUCCGGCAAGUCUGACUCGGGCAAGGCAGACAUAGUCAGCAGGAUUAAGGCCAGACUCGCGUCGGUGGAUAAAAACAAGGCGCGGGCGCUGGGCGGAGUGUUCUUGUUCAACAUUAUUAAGGGCACCAGUGUCUAUAGCUGGACUCUGGACCUCAACAACGUGUCCGUCUACGAAGGCGAGCCCGAAGACGACCCUGACUCCACCUUCACCCUCACAGAAGCUAACUUCAAGACCCUGGUCUUGGGCAAAGAGGAUGCCCGCCACGUUGUUCAGUCCGGUCGGUGCUCUGUCACUGGCGAUGUCAUGCGGGCGAUGCAACUUGAACCGUAUAUUAAGUUAGAAUAGAGCGCUUUUUGGCACGUACAAAAGCUAAAU